AAAGCUGUCUUAAUUUCUAAAGGAGACAUGGAUGAAAAGAAUUCAACCAGCCAAAGAGAAAAUCUUGCAGAUCAAGUCAUGCAGAAUCCACAAGCUUUGGCAGCUCUUCAAGAACAAUUAGAAAAUGUCUCUCGCACACCUUCCAGUUACAUUGAAACAUUGCCCAAGUCAGUCAAAAGAAGGAUCAAUGCUCUGAAACAGCUACAAGUGAAAUGUGCAAAUAUAGAAGCUAAGUUUUAUGAAGAAGUUCAUGAACUAGAGAGAAAAUAUGCUGCUUUUUAUCAGCCCUAUUUCAAUUUGCGACAUGAAAUUGUCAGUGGUCAAGUAGAACCUACAGAUGAAGAAUGUGAAUGGCAAAGUGAUUCGGAAGAGGAGGAGAAAUUAGCAGAAGAAGUGAAGAAUAAGGCAACACUAGACGAUAAACAAGAAAAAGUGCAAGAUAAUCAAGAACUAGUGCAAGAAGACAGUCCCAAAGGAAUUCCAGACUUUUGGGUCACAAUCUUUAAGAAUGUUGAUAUGCUGAGUGAUUUAAUACAGGAGCAUGAUGAGCCAAUCUUAAAGCAUUUACAAGAUAUAAGAGUAAGGUUUUCUGGGCCUAAUGAGCCGAUGUCCUUCACUUUAGAGUUUCAUUUUGAGGCCAAUGAGUAUUUCAGUAAUUCUGUUCUUACAAAAGUGUAUAAAAUGAAGUCUGAGCCAGACCAUGCUGAUCCGUUUUCCUUUGAAGGACCUGAGAUAGUUGAUUGUGAAGGAUGCAGCAUUGACUGGAAGAAAGGUAAAAAUGUCACAAUUAAGACAAUCAAAAAGAAGCAGAAGCAUAAGGGCCGAGGCACUGUAAGAACAAUCACAAAACAAGUACCCAAUGAUUCUUUCUUCAAUUUCUUCAGCCCGGUUAAAGAUAUGGAGGGGCGGGAAGUACCCAAGGAGGCUUGCACAGGAAGGGUGAAAUUUGAACAUGUGUGGUACAGAUGA